GAUACAAACAGUGAUGGAAAACACAUGAGCAGUAACAAGUUUUAAUCUUGCUCCUCAGUACUAACAUGGACUAAUCUGUGGAAGCAGUUUAUUCCAGUAUCACCCAGGGUGCAGCUACACCAGGGGCUGUAUUGAAGGGUGUUUUUUCUUUUAAAUGUAAUACUUCCUCAUCUUUUCUUCUUAAACAGUGCCUGGGAACAUUUACAUUAUAGAUAAGUAGUACAUGGUGGAUAAAUUCUACUUUCAAGAAGACUACUCUCUUCUGACAGUUCUAGAUUGGUCCUCUACACUAAGACAAUAUGAAGGAAUAUAUACUCCUACUGCUCCUGGCUUUGUGCUCUGCCAAACCCUUCCUUAGCCCUUCACAUAUAACACUGAAGAAUAUGAUGCUGAAGGAUAUGGAAGAUGACAAUGAUGAUGAUGAUGAAGACAACUCUCUUUUUCCAACAAGAGAGCCAAGGAGCCCCUUUUUCCCAUUUGAUCUGUUUCCAACAUGUCCGUUUGGAUGUCAGUGUUACUCACGAGUUGUACAUUGUUCUGAUCUGGGUUUGACCUCAGUCCCAAGCAACAUUCCAUUUGAUACUCGAAUGGUUGACCUUCAAAACAAUAAAAUUAGGGAAAUCAAAGAAAAUGAUUUUAAAGGACUCACUUCACUUUAUGCUCUGAUUCUGAACAACAACAAGCUAACAAAGAUUCACCCAAAAACCUUUCUAACGACAAAGAAGUUGCGCAGGUUAUAUUUGUCCCACAAUCAACUAAGUGAAAUACCACUUAAUCUUCCCAAAUCGUUAGCAGAACUCAGAAUUCAUGAUAAUAAAGUCAAGAAAAUACAAAAGGACACAUUCAAAGGAAUGAAUGCUUUACAUGUUUUGGAAAUGAGUGCAAACCCUCUUGAUAAUGAUGGGAUAGAGCCAGGGGCAUUUGAAGGGGUGACAGUGUUCCAUAUCAGAAUUGCAGAAGCAAAACUAACCUCAGUUCCUAAAGGUUUACCAUCAACUUUACUGGAGCUUCAUUUAGAUUUUAAUAAAAUUUCGACUGUGGAACAAGAGGAUUUUAAACGAUACAAAGAACUGCAAAGGCUGGGCCUAGGAAACAACAGAAUCACAGAUAUCGAAAAUGGAAGUCUUGCUAACAUCCCACGUGUGAGAGAAAUACAUUUGGAAAACAAUAAACUGAAAAAAAUCCCUUCAGGAUUACCAGAGUUGAAAUACCUCCAGAUAAUCUUCCUUCAUUCUAACUCAAUUACAAAAGUGGGAGUGAAUGACUUCUGUCCAACAGUGCCAAAGAUGAAGAAAUCUUUAUACAGUGCAAUAAGUUUAUUCAACAACCCAGUGAAGUACUGGGAAAUGCAGCCUGCAGCAUUUCGUUGUGUUUUGAGCAGAAUGAGCGUUCAGCUUGCGAACUUCAGAAAGUAAUAACUAGUAAUAAGUAAUGUCCACUUAAUAUAAAAUUCAAAAAUUCUUACAUUUGGAAUACUUGAACUCUAUUAAUAACAGUGGUAUUAUUCACACAAGCAAAAACCUAUUCCAACGUGGUAAGUCCACUGGCUUAUUUUAUGACAAAAAAUUUCCACAGAAUUUUGCCACUGAUACAUAAGGAUUAGGAGAAAUAAGCAUCUAUUGUUUCUUUUUGCAUAAAAAUAAUUUUGCAUAAAUCUCAUGCUUGAACAUUCCUUUCUCAGUAACAAAAAAAUAAGACAUUCAGUAUUUAACACUUUAUCAAUCACAUUUUCAGAAGAACUGUACUGUAAAUGGAAUGCUUGACUUAGCAAAAUUUGUGUUCUUUCAUUUGCUAAAAACAAAAUUGACAAGGACAGUUAUAUAAAGAGUACAUUACACUAUGCUUAUUCUUUAAUAACUUGGGUAGUACUGUAAUAUUUCUAAUCAUGUUUAAGUAUGGACUGACAUAAUCAUACUGAAGUUCUCAUGUCUUAGAGCCUGUCUUUUAUGUUUAAAACUAACGUCUGGCUGGGUAUGGUGGCUCAUACCUGUAAUCCCAGCACUUUGGGAGGCCGAGGUGGGAGGAUCACUUGAGGCCAGGAG